AAAUGUGACUGGCACAUGAUCGCCAAAGCGCCCAGCCGCCCAAAUCCAUCUCGCCUUCGCACCUGUCGCUUUCCUGCUUGCAUCAGCCCAUCGCGCUUCCAAGUCCAGGACAGCCAGAUCGGAUCCAGAUGGGCCGCAAACAGACGACGACGUACGCCAUUGGAUGGGAGGCGAAGAAGAACUAUCCGGCAAUCACCCGGGAGCUGCUUCGAGAGCUUGAGUGUGCCGAACAGCAGCACAACUUCCAGCGGGCCGCCGUCGCCGCCGAGAAGCUUGUGGACAUCAUGGUCGAGACCCAAGACGUGGGCAAGACCGAGAUGUACGCCAAGAAGCUCCUGAUGUACUGGGGAAAAGUCAAGGGAAAGUUUGGUCUUCAGGGGCAAUCCAAGGCGUUUUACCAUCUCGCCGAGGCAUAUCGGCAGAUCGGCAACUAUGCAGCGUCGCUUGCCAUGGCCCGGGAUUAUCGUGUCUGUGCUCGGAAGCUGCAAUCCCAGGAGGAUGAGUUACAGGCUGACUUUGAAACCGGGCUGACCUAUCUGGCAAUGAGCGAAAACCACACCGACGACGAUCCAGAGCUUGUCCAGCAGGAGAUUAAAAAGGCUCACGACAAGUUUGCGCAAGUGUACCAGGCUAUCAAGGACAGCGCGCAAACCUCACGAAAUCAAGAGGAGCGAGAGAGACACCUCUCAUUCAAGAUCGACACUCUUUUGAAUCUGGGGAUUACCUUUCGGUAUCAGGAGCGGUUUGACAAGGCCAUCCACUGUCUGAACGCCGCGCUUAAGAGUGCCAUGACGUAUGACGACGGUGUUCCCCAGAGACGACUUGCAUACUGCAACUUGGCGCUGACAUACGAAGAAAAGGGAGACUUCAAGACUGCCUUGGACUUUACGAACAAGGAAAUGCAUAUGAUCAAGCAGAUGGGCGAUGACUCGGAGCUGCUUCGUGUUCUCUGGGACUUGGCGCUUCGAUACAGAAAGAUCAAAAAUUAUGAGGCAGCCCUCGAGCAGUAUCAGCGAUAUAUCGACGUUGCGAAACGAAAUGUCGUUAUUGAAGACAAUCGAGAGGCGGUCGAGGAAGAGAUACAGAAGACCAAGGCUGAAAUCAGCUUGACAAAGGAUAUCCAAAAGUACACCACAGACUUACAGAGAGCAUCGCAGCAGCGCAACACCAAGCUUGUGUUUGCUCUGCGCGGAUCUCGUGGCGAAGCCCAUUUGAGGCUGGAAAACUACGCCGAGGCCGCCGAUGACUUUGCCAAGCAAAUUCAAAUCUCCCGUACCACGGUCUUCUCGACCCCUGACGUGAUCAAGCUUCACAUCAAUAUGGGCCAGGCAAGGCUUGGGCUGAAGCAGUACGCCGAAGCCAAGACCUCGUUCCGGAAUGCGCUCAACAUGAUUUCGAGCUCCGAUCUUGCCGCAAGAGUCAACUGCCUCGAGUGUCUUGGCGAUGCGAUGGUGCAAGACGGAGACGCAUGCAAGGACAUUGUCGCGACCUUUGAAGAGAUGCUGUCGGCGGCAAAGCUGCUUGGAAGUGUGAAACAGCAGCUGGAGGCACUUUCACAGCUAGAGAGCAUAUACGAGCAGUAUAACUACCAAGACCGUGCCCGGGAGAUACGCAUGAAGAUAAAGAAGCUUGAGAGACAGUCGGGGCAUUUUCUGACCAAGGACUUGGACAGCGAAGAAGAGGAGGAUGAGGUGCUGGAUGAGUUCUCCGAUAGCAACGCCGAGGACGAAGAGAUUGACGUUGAUCUCGCGGACACACCGGCGGCAGCAACGCGGAGCCGUCGAGUCCAGCUCAAGAUUGCAGUGCCCAACCCAAGAAAGGACAAAAUAUCACCUGCUACCCCGACAGCGGAAACGCUCCGGGCCCCUGAGCUCAGUCCCACUCCCGCCAAGAAGGUUGUGUAUUCGGUAGUACGACUGAAAUCCGGAUCAGACAAAUCUAGCGACCGGAAAUCCGAAGACCGAGCGGGUGCCCAGACGCGGAACUUGCGACGUGGGGAGCUCGUUCCUCGGCCACAGUAUGUUGCUUCUGACGUCGAGGAGGACGAGGCGACCGAUGACGACGGGUACGACUAUGAGCUGUCGCCCCGCUCGGGACGAGAGGAAGCGCUCGGGAAACUCAAGCAGCGACGGAAGCAGAAACGGAGGUCGAAUCUCAUUCUUUCCUCGCCUCUGGAAGGGCCCCAAUCCCUUUCUCCAAAGCGCAAAAUCGAUGCCGUUUCAAAUCCGACCGAUGUCCUUGACCUGGACGACGAAGAGCCAAGUUGGCAGCGGCAGACAAUCCGAAUCGACUCGUCUCCGAUUCGCACCGAGCCAGAAUCCGCCGCGGCAAAAACCACCAUUGCUCCAACUCCAUCCAGAAAGCCAAAGUUCAUACGCUUGGACUCGUCGAGCCUAAACGACCUACCGUCGUCAUCCAGCACCGCAAUUUAUGAUUCCGGGGCCGCGACUUGCGAUGUCGAUAUCGAUGUCGAUGUCGAUGCUCAUUUGGACCCGUUUGACAGCAAUUCAGCCUUUGACGCCUUUGAUACCCAUGAAGAGCCCACGCUUCCUAUAAUGAGCCCUGUGCAAGACAACCCGCUUGACAGCAAGUCUGAAAAGGUCUCGCCAGCUUCGACUGAUAGCCGUCGCGAUAGCCGAGCGGUUCCUUCAAGCGCAGCGACCGACGUCUCGCCGCUCGCCUCACUUCCACCGAGCCGCUCGACAACCCCGCCGAUCCCGUCAUGCUCAAGCAAGCCAAUGGAGAUCCAAGGCUUGCUUCCGUUGGUCAUGCCACAGUUCGCUGCUUAUGGUCAUACUUCCAGCAACCCAGAAAAGGGAAGCGAAACGCCCGAGAUUCUUCGGACACCGACCCGGAGACGACCCAAGCCGUCGUCGCCGGUCUUCAAAGUCCGUGUGGAGGUGGAGGGCGAGGUCCUGGGGAUCCCCUGCCAUUUUGGCCCGAUGGGCACACCCAAAACCAUUCGCUGGCUCACCGACGAAGCGCAGCGGCGAUACAAGGACAUCAACGGCAAGCAGGUGACGAUCGCAAAGCUGGUCUUCCACGAUCCAGAGACCAACGAGGACGAGACUCUCUUCAAGAACGAUGCUGUGAGCGAUGUCCUGAAGCCCAACCAAAAGGUCAUAGCCAUCACGAACAGGCUGAAUUAGGGCGUUCGGAAAACAACACAUUGGCCGUCCACAACGACACGAGCGAUCGCCGCUCUCUCUCUGGGGCUGCAUACACAUAUCCAUUACCAAAUCCACC